AGAUAAUCGAGAUAGAUAACUGAAUUAACAAUAUGGGAGAAGAAACAAUGGAAUCAAUUAUAUCCAAAUACCAAAUAUUGUAAUUUUAUUGUCUUCACAAUCAAAAUGUGUACUGUAAUAGUUGGUAGGUAGGAAUGUAUUUAAGAAGUGAACAGUUCAUAAAAAACAUAUAGGCAAGGAAGAAGUUCUAUAUUCAGAGGGCUGGAUAAAAUCGAGUUAAACAAAGAUAUGGGAGCGUCUUGGAGGAAAAAAUAAAUGUUUUUUUUUUUUUAAUAGCUAUUUCAUCGAAUUAAGCGCUUUUUUCCUGGUGUCAAUCAAUAUCAUUUACCUGCCACUAGAAUGGGCAAAUUAACAUUGAUAGUGAGGAAUACGCAAUGGCCGGGCUGCCGAUAACAAGCAAAUAUAAAACAUACCUCAACAGUACGAGGUAGUGCACGGCAAACAUCGGCAGAAGAAUGAUUCAACUGGGGAAGGUACUGGUAGUAGUACUGGCGGUGCACAUUGUCGCAGGUGAAGGUCAGCUUUUUAGUCUUCUCACUUCACUCUUUAACAACAGAAUCAACAACACAUCUCCAUCACAGACGGGAGUUCCUGUAAGUACCAUCCGACCUCCUUAUCAAAGCAGACCCACGAAAACCCCAAGAACAACAACAACUAUCAGCCCCCCGCUGGGAAACGACAGCGAAACACUGGUCGGUGCACAAGCUACGACGCUCAACGGCUUCGUCGAUUGCGUGCGGCGCUGCGAUGGUCGACCUAGGACCUGCUAUUUUAGGCUACAUGUCGAGAGAUAUUCUGUUCUUGGAGGAGCUUGCCGGAGAUGUGCUUUCGGUAAUCCUUCAGACUGUUUGAGGCCGCAAUGCGUCACUGCCAAUGGAGCUUUCAGGGCACUGGUCGCAGUCAACAGGCAAUUGCCUGCUCCACCCAUUCAGGUGUGCAGAGGCGACCGAAUCGUGGCCGACGUGGUCAACGCAAUGCCGGAUGAGGCCACUACGAUCCAUUGGCACGGGCUCAGGAUGAACGGACACCAGUACUACGACGGUGUCCCCUACGUCACCCAGUGCCCCAUUCAACCGGGCAACACCUUCAGGUACAUAUUCACAGCUGAUGAAGCGGGAACAUUUUUCUACCAUUCCCACGUAGGCAUACAAAAGAUGGACGGUUUGGCUGGAGCACUCAUCGUCAGGGACACAUCCGACAGCCAAUCGAAUCUCUAUACUGAAGAUCGACCCGACCAUGUGAUCUUCAUUGGCGAUUGGACCAAUAUGCCAGGAGAGGAAUAUUUGCCUGGCUAUAACAAUGAUAAUAUCGUACAAGUUCCAGACAGUAUGUUGAUCAACGGCAGGGGUAUGCAUUGGAACGGAAGCUUCAAUUUACCCCUUUCGGAGUUCAGAGUGACCAGAGGUCAAAGAUACAGAUUCCGCAUCAUCGGUGGUACCUGCAUGACCUGCGCGGUAGCCGUCAGGUUCCAGGGGCACCGGGUCAUAGCCAUUUCCGCCGAUGGCAACCUCAAGUACAAUCCCAGGACUGUAGAUUCUGUCAUAGUUAAUUCAGCUGACCGUUUUGAUGUGAUACUGGAAGCGAACCAAAACGUCGGUACUUAUUACAUUUACGCCCAAACUUUCCAGGACUUCUGUAACGGCAUAUACCAAGCUGCCAUUCUCAGGUACGAAGGUUCCAACAGCGUCGCCAACCCAAGACCCCCACCACUCUCUUCGAAUCUUGGUGUGCAACUUAACUCAAUCAAUUCGACUUGUAGCGCCACGAACGGAAACGAGCUCUGUAUCAGCAAUUUGCAAGGUGUGACUAACGCUCCAGCAAUCGGUAAUGCUUUUUACGCCUACCUCUUUAUUGGUUUUGACUUCUAUAUCUACAAUGAUGACGACCUUUUUAGACCGGGGACGUAUCAACAUUACGAUGAGCCUGUUAGGGGUAGAAGAGUAAAAUCAUUAAUUAACAACGUUUCUUUCGCCUUUCCGCCGAGCCCCAUGAUAUCUCAAUUCAACGACAUACCGCAAAGUUCUUUCUGUUCAUCUGAGUGUUACUCACAAAAUAUUCAGAAGGCAUGCAGCUGUACCAACUUCUACAAUCUUCCAUAUAACACCAUCGUCAAUAUGAUUAUCUAUGACUUUGGGGACAUUGACGGGUUUGCUCACCCGUUCCACCUACACGGCUACAACUUCUACGUGAUCUCGAUGGGAAGGUUACCGUCAACAGACCCGAACCAGAGGCAACAGUUUCUAAACCGACAGAUGGAUCAACUCAACAACGACAAUAUAGACCUCCGGACCCGGCCCCAAAGGGACACAGUCUCCGUCCCCCCAAGAGGAUAUGUCCUUAUAAGAUUCGUCACCGACAACCCAGGGUAUUGGUUCCUGCAUUGCCAUUUCGUUUUCCACUUGGAGGCGGGGAUGAAUGCAGUGCUGAGGGUAGGGGAGCAGUCCAACUUGCCCCCCGUUCCACCCAAUUUUCCUCGCUGUGGCAACUACUUAUCUUCAUUUUGAAUGCCGUGAUUGAAGCGUGUCUGUUGAAAUUUACAAUAAACUACUUCCCCAU